AUAAUCGUUUGCAAACAUAACAUAAAACUAGCAUUAUAGAGGAUAAAAUAACAGUAACAAAUAUCACAAUACGCGUUCAAUAGUCAGUAACAUUAAAACAAUUUGGAAUUGAAAUAUUUGGAUACCAAGAAGCAGUCAUAAAAAAAGGAAGUAACAAUGUGGCACAAACUUAUCAAAUUCUAUUUAUGGACACUAAUAUUGUUUACAUUCAACAAUUAUGUCCAGCUGCAGAAGCCAGGUAGCGGCGAUAAUCCAGCAUUCUUCAAUAUCGGCGGUGUAUUAAGCAAUACUGAAAGCGAGAAAAACUUUUCAGAGACAAUAGCUACAUUAAAUUAUGUACAGACGUAUGUGCCAAGAGGAACAACUUAUUACGAUAAAACAAUACGAAUAGAUAAGAAUCCCAUAAAAACAGCUUUAAAUGUUUGUAAGCAUCUUAUAUCGAAGCGAGUGUAUGCGGUUGUAGUGUCGCAUGACGACUCAUCUGGACAUGAUUUAUCACCAGCAGCUGUGAGUUACACGAGUGGCUUCUAUCAGAUACCAGUCAUAGGCGUUUCAUCACGUGACGCAGCUUUCUCUGAUAAAAAUAUUCAUGUUUCAUUCCUUCGAACCGUGCCACCUUAUUACCAUCAAGCGGACGUUUGGCUUGAGAUGCUUAGUCAUUUUGGCUACACGAAGGUGAUUAUUAUACACAGCUCAGAUACGGAUGGUCGUGCUAUAUUGGGACGAUUUCAAACAACAUCACAAACAAAUUACGAUGAUAUUGAUGUGAGAGCUAAUGUCGAGUCAAUUGUUGAGUUUGAACCAAAAUUAGAGAGCUUUACGGAGCAUUUAUCGGAGUUGAGAUCAGCACAGUCUCGAGUUUAUCUUCUUUAUGCAAAGUAA